GAACGUUGAAGCAUAACCUAGCAUUAGCAUUCCGGUAAUUGGAAUCGGUUUGUUUUUAAUUUUUUAGUAUCCUCUUAUUGUAAUUUCUUGAAUCAAAUGGCUAUGAGCAUGGAAACUAAUGAUAUUGAUAAUCUUGUGGAAAAGACCGAUUUACAAUAUAUGUUGGAGUUCGAAACUCAAAUAUUUUUAGAUAUAGUUCACAAUGAUGGAUUGGUUGUUGCUUCCAAAGGAGUCAACUUGGACUUGGUAGUCUCCAACCUGCUGAAAGUUUAUUGUGACCCAGGUAACCUGGUUCUCGUUUUGAAUGCGCCAGAGAAGGAAGAGAUAUAUUACAAAGAAAAACUUAAAGAUUCAAAUGUUUACAGUACAACGUUCUCUACAAACGUUAAAGAAAGGGAAGACAUUUACUUGUCGGGAGGGAUUAAUUUUGUUACAACCAGAAUACUCGUAGUCGAUAUGUUGAAAAAUAGGAUACCUAUCGAUAAAAUAACUGGUAUUGUUGUUUUGAGAGCUCAUUCAAUAUUCGAGAGUUGUCAAGAGGCAUUUGUGUUGAGAUUGUAUCGCCAAAAAAAUAAGACAGGAUUCGUGAAGGGUUUUUCUAACAACGUUCAAAGUUUCACUGUUGGAUAUGGUCAUGUGGAAAGAGUCAUGAGAGCUUUGUUCGUUAAGGAGCUGUAUAUUUGGCCGAGAUUUCAUUCAGCUGUGAUACAGAGUUUCAAGAAACAUCAGCCAAAUGUUAUUGAACUCCACAUCCCAAUUUCGGAGAAAAUGAAAAAAAUGCAAACCUACAUUCUGGAUUUAAUGAAUAUAACUGUAAAAGAAUUGAAGAAGAUAAACAAAGGAGUAGAAUUACAGUAUAGUAGCUUGGGGCCUAUCACAACUCUACAUAAUUUCAGAACAAUGUUUCACAAUGACCCCGUAACAUUUUAUUCCGUGGUAUCAAAAUACCGCACAAUGGAGUAUGCGCAGACAGCUACUUGGGUAUUAUCACAAACUUCAGAGUUAUUAUUCUCCCAGAUGAACUCCUUUAUAUUCAACAGUGACAAAGAGUUCCAUCCUGAUUUUUGUCCAAAGUGGGAGCCUUUAUUGGAAAUUUUAAGAGUGGAGAUACCUGCCCAGAUAAAAAAAUCUAACACCAAGGAAAACACCAUCCUGAUUCUCUGUACUGAUUAUAGAAGUUGUUACCAAUUGAAAGAAGUGCUCACUAAUGGACCAGAGCUUUAUUUAUUCAAUAAAGCAUUCAGAAAUAAACUGCCAAUCAAGAAGAUAAGCAAAGUCUUCAGAGUCAAUGAAAAGAUUCCAGAAGUGGUUGAAACUCCUGUUGAGAAAAAAGAAGCAAAAGCUACUAAAUGCAAAAAACUUAAAGCAGAUAACGAUACUAAAAAUCCUGAAAGUGAAACUAAAGAAGUAAAGGAGGAAAAGGAAGAAGAAGAAGAAUUGGAGGACUUUCAAAGUAGUUACCUGCUCACGAUGAGUCAAACUAUUUGCGAAAAAAACAAAAACCAAUCCAGCUUUGACGAAUCCGCGUAUAUAUUCGAGCCGUUCACGCAAAUGGAAAAUAUGGAUUUAACACAAGCUUGCCAAACUAUCAACGAGCCAAAAAUCCUCAUACAAACAUUCAAAGGAACGGAAAAUUUCAUCAACUUGCAAAAUACUUUGGAAAAUCUUAAACCAAGCUUCAUAGUUUUGUAUCACUGCAGUAUGACCGCGGUUAGAGAAAUAGAGAUGUAUGAAGCUCACAGGCAAACGACAACACCGAUACAAGUCUACUUUCUUUUACACGCAGAUACAGUCGAAGAACAAAGCUACUUAACUACUCUGCGAAGAGAAAAAGAGGCCUUUGAAUUUUUGAUUGAAACAAAGUCGAAAAUGGUUAUUCCAGAAGACCAAGACGGGAAAUCAGAGCAAGCAUCAGCUUUACAGAGAGACUUACAAAGCCCAAAGAAAAAUACGAGAGACGGAAGACAAGACCUGGUCCCGAAAAAACAAACUAUCAUUGUUGACAUGAGAGAAUUCAGGAGUGAAUUACCUGCUCUCAUACACAAAAGAGGCAUUGAAAUAGAGCCUUUGACAAUUACGAUCGGCGAUUAUAUCCUGACACCGGACAUUUGUGUAGAAAGAAAAAGUAUCUCGGAUUUGAUAGGAUCUUUAAACACUGGCAGGUUAUACCAGCAAUGCACAAACAUGUCUAGAUACUAUUCAAAACCGAUGCUCUUGAUAGAGUUUGAUCAAAAUAAGACAUUUGGUUGGCAGAAUAACUACAUGUUGUCCAGUGAUGCAGACAGCUUCAACAUUCAACAAAAAUUACUCCUGUUGACCUUGCAUUUUCCAAAGUUGAAGCUGAUUUGGAGCCCCAGUCCGUACGCAACUGCUCAACUGUUUGAGGAAAUGAAGGCCGGCAAAGAAGAACCGAAUGUCGAGUAUGCUACAGCUCUGGGAGAACAGGAUUUGGAUAUGAUCCAGUCAAGAUAUAAUUCUAAUAUUUAUGAUUUUGUACAGAAGCUACCGGGAAUUACCUCGAAGAAUAUCGAUAUGUUUUUGAAAAAGGGUGAAAGCAUGGAUAAAAUUGCUCAAAAGACUGAGGAAGAGCUAAAGGAGAUUCUAGGAAACUCUACCGAUGCCCAGUCACUCUAUUCCAUAAUUCAUGAGCAUCACAAGCCCAAAGAAGAUACAGAAUUGGCCAAGCAAAAAGAUAAACCCAAGAGUAGGUAUAGGUAUACCAAGAAAUAGUUAUUUUUGAACAGUUAAUAUAUUCAUAUUUUUUA